AGACAGGCCUUUGGGCAGGCCGACCGCCAUUGCAGGGCACGGAGGAUUCGCCUGGCGUCGCAGGGAUGCCGCGGCUUCUCUGCUUGUGCCUGCUGUGGCUUGGACUCCUGCUGGUUAGGUUUUCUGGUGAAGUGAGCGACAUCAGCAGUGCUAGGAAGCUGUGCGGCAGGUACUUAGUGAAAGAAAUAGAAAACCUCUGUGGCCACGCCAACUGGAGCCAGUUCCAUUCCGAGGAGGAAACCCCUUUCGGACGGGUGAUUGCCAAGGCCCCGGAGAAGGUCGAAGCUUUCAUCCCUGACCGGUUCGAAAGCCCCCAAACCGCUUUUCCAGUCUGGAGUAGAGGCACAAAUCCAGUGUCUACUUCUGCCUCUUGGGAAGAAGCAGUAAACAGUUGGGAGUUGCAGUCAUUACCUGAGUAUCAGUAUAAAAAGGCAUACUCACCCCUUGAUAAGACAAGAGAAUUUUCUUCAUCACAUAAUACCAAUCCGUAUAUUCGUGAAAAUACAAAAUUUCAGAAGAAAAGUAGAAACGAAAUUAAAACCUUAAGCAAUUUGUUUUGGGGGAAUCAUCCCCAAAGAAAACGCAGAGGAUAUUCAGAAAAGUGUUGUCUUACAGGAUGUACAAGAGAAGAACUUAGUAUUGCAUGUCUUCCAUAUAUUGAUUUUAAAAACUUAAAGGAAAAAGGAUCAUCACUUGUGACUAAGAUAUACUAACCAUCAUAGAAAUUAUAGUAACAUAAUAAAAGAUUAAUACAUUUAUCUUACUCUUUUUUAUUUUUAUUUUUUUUCUAAUUAUGGUUGUAAGUGAUAUGCUGUGAACAGUGUCUGAAUAUGUUUGCAAGCA